ACGUCAAGCAACCUUCGCUCCAAGUCAUCGGAAUCAAUAACCCCCAUUCUGCAACUCUCACCGAUAUCGCCUGUGUUGUGGUUUUCAUCCUCUUUGGGUCGAUGUCGAUUUUUGAGUAUAAUGGAAGCGCUCUGGUCGCCAUGGUUGGUAAGAAUUGCUUCGCAAUCGCUAGCGAUCGGCGUCUCGGGGUUCAGCUCCAGACUAUAGCCACUGAUUUCCAAAGAAUUUUCAAGAUUCAUGAUAAGCUCUUUCUCGGUCUCUCUGGUCUCGGCAGUGAUGCUCAAACACUUCAUCAACGGCUUGUGUUUCGCCACAAACUGUAUCAGCUUCGUGAAGAAAGAGAUAUGAAGCCUGAAACUUUUGCUAGUCUUGUCUCUGCUGUUUUGUAUGAGAAAAGAUUUGGUCCUUAUUUCUGCCAACCUGUGAUUGCUGGAUUGGGAGAAGAUGAUAAGCCAUUCAUUUGCACAAUGGACUCUAUUGGAGCAAAAGAGCUUGCAAAAGAUUUUGUUGUUGCUGGGACUGCCUCUGAGUCUCUUUAUGGUGCCUGUGAGUCGAUGUUCAAGCCUGAUAUGGAUCACGAGGAUCUGUUUGAGACAAUCUCCCAAGCUCUUUUAUCAUCGGUGGAUCGUGAUUGUUUGAGUGGUUGGGGAGGCCAUGUCUACAUUGUCACACCGACUGAAGUGACAGAAAGAAUCUUGAAAGGAAGAAUGGAUUAAGAAAUAUUAUAUAAUUUCUCUUUUUUAUUAAUCUGGAGAAUUUUCUUAUAUUUGUAUGAUGCAAUUUAAUCCAUUCUAUCUCUUCUACUUGUACCUUAACACCUAACCUUCAAGCGUGAUAAUUUUCUCAAUUACUUUAUGUUUCUGA